AGUGACGUCACUGCCGGAAACUACCCGGAUCGGAACUUUAACUCCUGGGUUGACUCGUCUUUACCAGAAGCACCGAGGGCCGCCGAAAUAUGAUGUAAUAUCGAACCAGCCAAUCUAAAAAGGGACCCAAUACCAGGCGGCAAGAUGACGUGCCGCGACCGGACCCUCGAGUUUCAGUCAGCCUGCAAAUCUCUCCAGGGCAGACAGAAUGGUAUCCAGCCCAGUAAGCCAGCCCUCAGUGCCCUACGGCAGCGCAGUGACUUUACAGUCAUGGCUAAGAGAAUUGGAAAAGACCUCAGCAAUACAUUUGCCAAACUGGACAAGCUAACGAUUUUGGCAAAACGAAAAUCUUUGUUUGAUGAUAAAGCAGUGGAGAUCGAGGAGCUGACGUACAUCAUCAAGCAGGAUAUCAACAGCCUAAAUAAACAGAUAGCACAGCUGCAAGAUUUGGUUAGGUCACGAGGGUCUCCAGGUGGACGGCACAUCCAGACCCACUCCAACACUAUUGUGGUGUCAUUACAGUCUAAAUUGGCGUCGAUGUCCAAUGACUUCAAAUCUGUACUUGAAGUCCGAACAGAGAACCUGAAGCAGCAGCGCAGCAGGAGAGAGCAGUUCUCCCAGCCUCCUGUUUCGUCCUCUCCUAUGAUGGCCAACAACUUCAGAAGCCGCAAAAAAGGGGCCCAGGAGCCGCAUGCAGCUCGCGAGCCACGCAAUGACUACCAGGGCUAUACAACCGCAAAUUUAAAAGAGAGCUCGGUUUUGAUGCAGGACGAAUCCAGAAGUAUGGGAGACGUGGCCAUCGACAUGGACUCACACACCAAUCCCCUGCAGCUCCAGCUAAUAGAUGAGCAGGACUCGUACAUCCAGAGCAGAGCAGACACCAUGCAGAACAUUGAGAGCACCAUCGUGGAGCUGGGUUCCAUAUUCCAGCAGCUGGCUCAUAUGGUCAAAGAGCAGGAAGAGACAAUUCAGAGGAUUGAUGCCAACGUUGAGGACACACAGUUAAACGUGGAGGCUGCACACACAGAGAUCCUCAAAUAUUUCCAGUCCGUCUCCUCCAAUCGCUGGCUCAUGAUCAAGAUCUUUCUGGUCCUCAUUGUCUUUUUCAUCAUCUUCGUGGUCUUCUUUGCCUGAAGAAAGAGGCAUCUGAGGAAGAGAGACAAAAUCCAGACUGAGACGUUUCCAGACUUCUUUUGAAGGACUGACUUGAAUCCACUGUUGUCCAGAGACGCUCCAUAGCAUGAUGCAGUGGCCACAGAACGUUCUCCAGAUGAAAAGAAUAAAUCGUAUAAAAUCCCUAGUUGUAUAGAAUGAGUAGGCAUCUACUCUUAUUGACCAAUAAUGCAGAAAGCUGUAAUCACAAUGGUUCUAAUGUGAUGGUUUGAUUCUGCAAACUGUCUUUUAAUCUCUGAUUUUUGGUCUGCUUUAACCCCUGGAACAUGUGACCUUCAGAGCCAAACUAGAUUUUUUUCUUUUGUCUUCAUUUCGUGAUGGAAAACAUGCCUGGGUCACUCAUGGUAAAUCGCAUGUGAAAAAAGCUUUUCGCUGCUUUUGAUUUUCUUUUGCCAAACGAAUGGUCUCUCACACUAGACCGGAACUGCAGGGUUGGUCAUUUAAACACCAGAUUGGUCAUCCUGCUUUCUUCAUUGAAGGAAGUUAAAACUUCAGCCGGCGAUUUUAGAUUUUAAUAAGGUUGGACAUCGGUGCUUAUGAAGGGGUUUCGCUGGUUGUGUAGGCAACGUGGCUGACGUCUGCCAGGAUUCCCUGGAAGUGUCUGGUGUGAUGUCACUUUAGCUUUAUUUUUCUAAUGUACAGAAUGUUUAUUUAAAUGACCACGGCUUUGCGGAGGGAGAAAUCCCUUCCUCUCCUAAUUUCUAUCCUGCGUUUUUAGCCAAAUGCCUUGACUUGUAUGUAAAAAGUGCAAAUAGAGAGAUGAAGCUGUAAAAGAGAGUCCAUAUUGUUAUGACUUUAGGGAGCGGCAUGAAAGGCUGGUUGUGUUGGUUUAAAGAGGAUUAUGCAGUGGUGAUAUAAUUAGACACAACAAGACACGUGUCCUCACAGAUGAAGCGCGUCACUGCUCCGACUAAAUACCUGCCGAUUCAAGUUUUUUUUUUUCUUGUUUUUGUUUUUGUUCUGAAGCCACAAUGUGAUUUGUGAACAACGAUAUUGGACCAACAUGCAAAAAAUAAAGUCGUAAUCCCACUAAGGACUUUUUAAAGGAAAGUCUAUUAUUCUUUAAGUGAUGUGCUUUCUAUUUCCCUCUUGAUACUGAGAAAUAUCAACUUGCUUUAAGUGGUGGUGUAGCCUGUGUUCUACCACAACAGUGAAACGUUUACGCUCACUAGCAGAACAAAAAUUGAAUAGAACGCCGCCAUAGAUCAUCGGUGCUGUAAAGCUGUCUUUCUCCCCUUAGACAUUGUGUUCAAAAGACUCUGAAUCAGGUGGAAGAAUGUGUGUUUACCAGAGAGGCUAGUUUACAUUGUACUUCCCUGAGCCCUCUACUGUUUUAGUUCAGGACAGGAUAACGUGUCACUCCAAAGCGUGCUUAUCCUAAGUUCUUGUCAAAUUUGUUUCCUAAACAAUAUUCUCAAACAGGUUUUGUGGUGGGUUCUAGGCUCCAUUCCACUUGCAGCAGAUAAACUCACAGGUAAAGGUGUU